UACUGUCUGGUUGAGGUGCCAGCAUAAGCAGCAGAAGAAUACAGAGAGAAAUGUGUUUUUUGGGCAUGCUGAGACUCCCUGUGAGAAUCGCAAGAGUGCAUAGGGAUAUUGGGAUACUUCCAAGUCCCCACUGAAGUGCAGUAUCUCUGUAACUCGACACAUCUAGUUGUCCUAGCAACAGGUGCCACUUUGUUGUGAUCAUUUAUCAUUCAUCAAGUUGAUUUUACUUUCUGCUCAGAUCAGACAGGUGAGACUAUUUUGGCAUAUUUUGCAGUAUGGAAUUAUGCUCUUCAAAACAUUUUAAAACAUCCAUCACACAGAUGGAGGAGUGUGUGCAUUUAGCUUGUGAAAUCCUUGGGAUAAAUGAGGAUGAUAAGGUCAGUGAGGAGAAGGUAGGUUUGCUUUACCAGAAGGUGUUUCUCACCCCAGCUGACCCGGAUGAUGUACAGAGAGCCAUUGCACAGGUAAGUUCACAGAAUGAGGCCUUGCAUUGUCAAGGCAAGAAGAUUUUGCAUGUUCUUUUAGUAAUGGAGAUGGAACAAGAGAACAGGAGUGAGUUGUACUGGGAACUGAAGAUGUUAAAAUCCAGCAGAAGUAUAAUAUUAGAUAGGGUGGGCACACACAUACACAACUCUGGCUGUAAACACAAGAAAGUGUACCAGAAUGGAGACACAAAGCAGUGGAAACUCACGAGUCUGCUGUGCAAGGCCAGGCGACUGUUUGUUAGGCUUAAUCUUGAUGGUGUUUGGAGUGUCCUCCCAAAUCUAUCCCACUGCAACGUUUAUUCCAGACGAUUGGGUUGGACGACUACCACUAGUUCAGAUGUUCUGUUGUUGCUGAAGUAUAAAUAUGAUAUCAUCAAAAAACAACUUUAUAAAGACAUGCUUCAGGAUGAACAUGGUGUAGCAUGGUGGGACUCAAUGGAACCACAGGAGCAGAUGGAUUAUCUGUGGGAGCUAGAGGAAGCAGUGGAGCAUGCUUUCACACAAAUGGACUGGCUGUCUGUUAGUAAAUUGCCUGGUGCCCUCCACUGUUACAGGAGCAGUGCAGAGGAAGGUCUGCAAGCCUGUGAUGAGGUGUUUAAGCCCAGAGAUCAGGCCUGGUCAUCCAAGCCUAGGAAACAAGCUUGGUCAGCUGUAGUUUUCCUCUCCGAGUUGGAGUCUCACUACCAAGAGGAACAUCAUACACUCACGUUUCUUAUCAAUAGUGUGGAUCAGAAUGUCCUGAGAGAGAUGUAUCUCAGCAUGUGUGUCGCUGUCAGGAGGGCUGAGAGAGAAGCGUAUCCUCACAUGGCACUGCUGGCCUCCAGACAACACUGGGACAAGUGGCCAUUUACAAGAGAUUUGGCAUUUCAAGAGCUAGCUGAGGGUUGGAUGCAGGAAAAACAGGAUCCCACAAGGACUUUGCAGCAUCAUUGGAAACAAGCAGGCAGCAUUCAACAGGCUGUCCUGCAUUGUAUGGUCCUGUGUCAAGAGAAGGAAAGACAGGGCCUCUUGGAAAUACUACACACCCUUACCCUGAAAGAGCUGCAAGAUCAGAGCCACAUAGUGCCAUCUUAUAACAAUACUGCUGAAGAAAACAUUAAUGCUUUGAGACAGAGCUGUGUGUUAAUCCUGAGACAGAUGAAAGCCUUUCCACAUGGAGUACAGGAGUCAAUGACAACAUGUGCCCCUGUAUCCUGGGCUGACUGUGCUGUUCAUUUAAUCACUCAGCUCACACUGGCACAUGAGAAUGAAGCCCGGACUGUAGUACACACUCUUCCAGACAUGGAUGCCAGUGCUCUUCGGGCCUUGCUGCAUAAAUAUGAGCAUGAGCUGCAGUUCCCAACACUGCAGAACCUGAGUGAAUUAUUAAAGCUACACACAUCUAGAGGCAUGGAUACCAUGGACACUGUCCCUUCAACAGAUAAUGAAAGAAUAGAACAGAGAAUAAAUGUUCCAUCAUUUAGUGAGGAACAGGAGAUCUGUACAGGGUGUGGUGUCGUUUUUGUCCCUGAAGAUGCUCCAUAUUUAGAGAUACUAGGUGCCAAAAACCCGAGACAAGAAGCAAGCCCUGGAAGAAGCGAGCAGGAGAAGAAAGAUGAGAAAGAGAUAGAAAGGGAAGAAAGGAGAGACUGCAGUAAGAAUGAGAUGAAUGAGAGAACAGAGACAGAAGAGGUGGUAAUUCCUGUGGAGAAACAGGGCUCACUGAUAACACAGGCCUGGAGCAAACCAGAUGAAGGCAUGAGCAAGGACCAGGUUAAUACACAUUCAAAUGAAACUACCCCAGAUAUAAAAGAUCAAGUAGCGGCAAAGCAGAUAUCUACAGAUUCAAACACUCAGAACAACACACAGCCUGUCUAUCAAGAAUUACAACAUGAGAAGUGCAUCUCUGCUGCAUUUCAACAAAAUACAAAGCAUGAUGAGGCUCAUGGUGAACUUCACAAGCACACACUAACUGCUCAGGAUCACACACUUAUUGAGCCUCUACAGGAUCCUUCUACAUCCAGCAUGGGGACUUUGCAUGAGGUCAACAAAGCAGAUAGUGUAGUAAAGCCAGAAGCUCUAGAAGCUAAACCAACGGACACACAAACCUCUGGUCAGAUGUUCACUAAUGAUGCAGUGUGUGAGGGGGAAGGGAGUGAACUGCUACCUGAGAGUGAAGCGUGUAAGGCUGAGUGUGAGGACUCUGAGGAGCAACAGCUACAGUGUGAGGCCACCAUGCGCAGCCUAGUGGACAUCCAGAGAAGAGCAGAGCUCCGAUGCCAACGAGACAGAGAGAGACAAAUCUUCAGAGUUCAAGAGCGACUAUCAAUUAUCAGGAACAGAAAAUCAGAUGAGGAUCUGCUGGGCCUGACAAGAGAAAACACUUACAGACAGCUGACCAGCACACUGCAACAGGAAGACGAGCAGCAGCAGAAGACUCUGGUCAGAGAGAAACUGCAGCAGCUAUGGCGAGAACGCUCUUGUAGCCUACAGUACAAGAGAAAAAGGAAUACUGUUGAAUUCAAGGAACUGCUUGCACCUACUGCUCAUCGUAUGAACAACGGAGAAGAUGGACUUGAUGCAUGUACGAACACAAACCCUGACACUCACUGAUUGGAGCAUUUUUGUUAUAAGCAUUUGUUAAAAUUCACAGAAGCUCUAAAUCAGGUAUUUUCAACCUUUUCAUGUGAGGGUCCAUAUAUUUAUUUUUACUAUGUACAGAAACACACCAUAACAGGAUAGCAAUCGUGGGGCCUUGACCAUCUUCCCCCUCAGGCAUAGCCAGUCAUGUCUGUAUGUAGACGCCUGACUGGCCAAUAGCACUGCUGUGGAUUCAAAAACUGGUAGUGGGCUAGUGCAAUUUACCACAUCACCACUCAGUUAGGAGUUCAAUCAACUGGGGCCGGAUUCGAUACGCUAUUGUAGCACGCUCUGCAACAAAACCUGCUAUAUUAAAAUUGUCAAUGAUAAAAAAACAAAAUACAUUUGAUCAGUUUUAACAAAAGACACCCUGUAUAAUUUUUUUAAUUUAGGUGUAAUUGCUGACAGGUGUAAUACUAUAUAUAUUUAUUUAUUAGGAUUUUAAAGGGGCCGGCAUGGUGGGUAGCACUGUCGCCUCACAGCAAGAAGGUCCUGGGUUCAAUCCCCAGGCGGGGUGGUCCGGGUCCUUUCUGUGCAGAGUUUGCAUUUUCUCCAUGUGUCUGUGUGGGUUUCCUCCAGGAGCAGCCAGACACCAUGCAGUCAGGCUAAUCGGAGACACUGAAUUGCUCUGUAGGUGAAUAUGUGUGUGUUUGUUUGUGUGUGUGUGUGUGUCCACCUUGGGAUGGACUGGUGCCCCGUCCAGGGUGUUACUGUGUGUCUCGCACUCAUUGAAAAGCUUGGAUAGGCUCUAACUGGAUAAGCGGUUAAGAAAGUGCGUGAGUGAGUGAGAAUUUUAAUGUUAUCGCUUUUUUUUUUUAAGAAACUCCAGUGACCUCACAUUAGAACAGCCAGCUUUUAAAAUAUGUGAAUAUGGUAAAUUUUUUUAUCACAUUUUAAAGCUGAGUUUAGUGGCACGUGAUGAGUGUGGCUACUAACCAAUCUUUAUACAGCCCUUUGAUUGUUAGUAUCAAUGGAAAACAUUUCCUAGGUGGGACAAGGACCUUUCAGUAAGUAUGUGGAAACAGCAUACUGUCAAUCUGUCACUCAGCUGCACACUUGAACAUCAGAACGUUUUCUUUUAAUGACUGACGAGGGUGCAUUAGACAUACUGAAAUGUUUUAUUGACGUUCAGGACAUUUGCGUGUGUGCAUUAGAUACAUAUUUAAAUGUAUUUAUUAAAGUUCAGGACAUUUAUACAGAGGUCAUACAGCCUCAGUUCUCCAGCCAUAAUCUGCAUUCUCUGUUUCACAAAUGUGUGUGCGCGAGUGUGUGUAUGUAUGUGUAUUACAACUUAAAUCCUAUACACAACUUUUUUUUUCCAAGUUUAAAUAUUUCGUGAACACAUUUCCAGUAUAUAAAAGCUUACAAUGGCAAUGCAGGUGAAAAUGGAAUAAAAAUAUCUUUUUAUCUUC